AUGGGAUCAUGGGAGCCAGCCUGGCCGAGAUCAUCUCGCGCCGGAGAGCAGUUGGGCAAGGAGGACAGCGUUGCAGCACGGCAGGUAGCGGACACAGUAUCGCGAAUCCAUCCCAUCUCCUCAUGGACUGUGGAACGGAGGGCCGCUCCUCGACGCCCACGUGAGACUCUCAACAAGAUUCCCGCCGCGGCCGCCUGGUUCAUGCUCGAUGGCGGCGGGCGGAUUUGCGCCAACAAACCACAUGCCAGCCGUCCUAUUGCUCGUCCAUUCGUCAACGAGUCGUACGUCAUCUUGUUCCGCACCCCGAAGCCGACACCACCGAACGACGGGCCUACCAAGCUGCCUCCUGGCUCCUGCAAGGGCCGUACUCUCAUGGACACGGCUUGA